CCGGCUGGGAGAGGGGGCGGCGCCAGUGGAAAGGAUGAGCGGUGGGGGGAGGGUCAGGAUGGCCCCGGGGACCCUCCCUUCCCUGGGCUGGAGAGGGGAAGCGGCCCCGAGGCAGGCUGGGAGAUGUAGUUCCUGACUCUCCUUGGAGCGGAAGUGACAUCGGCGGGAGGCGGAGCUGCGCUACGAAGGAGCGUUGGGCAGUCCGGCUCUGCCUGGCUCGCGCGGGGCCGUUGGAGCCUCUCCCGGGGCCGGAGAAGGUUUUCUCUCCAGGUGUGUGACUCAGAUCAGGGCUCCUAUCGUACUGAGCAUGGCCCUCUUCUGCCAGAUGCUGCAGAGACCCCAACUGAAAUCUGGGCCUUGUUCUGCCAGGCGCUGAAGAGACCGCAAGUAAGAUCAGACCCCACAUUGUGCCAGGCUACAGAAUAACGUCCACGUUUUGCUCCAGAUCAUCCCAUCCUCCCAGGGGGAAGGAAUUGGCUGCAAUGGAGCUGGCUCAGGGGCCAGUGACUUUCGAGGGGGUGGCUGUGUAUUUCACCAGGGAGGAAUGGGCUCUGCUGGACCCUGUUCAGAGAGCCCUCCACAGGGAUGUCAUGCAGGAGAACUAUGAGACGGUGACCUCGCUGGUAGGGUCUCCAGUUUCCAAACCUGAUGUGAUCUCACAGCUGGAACGAGGGAAAGAGCCGUGGGUCCCAGACCUCCAGGGUUCUGAGAAAGAAGAGCUGCCUGCACAGUGCAGGUAGUGAUCUAUGUCUGGAUUCUCUCUAUCUCCCAUCAGGUGAUGAGAUGGUGAGUCAGAAUGAGGAGGAGAAACCCCAUCAGGAAGAUGCUGAGCAAGGAGAACCACAUGGAACUUUAUCAGGAAGAUCCAAAGGGAAUGUUUUCUGGAGUUGUGCACUCUCAGAAAAAACAAAAGCCUGUGAGACUCAGAGGAGGGCAGAGGGAAACUUUAGUAGCUUCUCAGACCUUAUAACAAGCUACAGAAUCAACUUGGAAGAGACACACUACAGGUGCCAUGAGUGUGGGAAAAGCUUCAGCUGGAGCUCACACCUUAUCAGACAUCAGACAAUCCACACAGGUGAGAAACCUUAUGGAUGCUCUGAGUGUGGGAAAUGCUUCAUCGAUAGUUCAGCCCUCAUCUCACAUCCGCGAAUC